GCUUUCUCCAUGCCACCUAAACCAAAUCCAAAUGAAAAGAAAGAAUUAGUUGUUAAAGUAGUUGCAGGUGAUGCAGCAGCAGGUGCAUCUCUUGGACCAAAGGUUGGACCUCUUGGACUUAACCCAAAGAAAACAGGUGAUGACCUUGCCAAAUCAACACUUGCAUGGAAAGGAUUGAGAGUAACAGUUAGAAUUACUGUUGUUAAUAGAGUAGCUACAUAUGAAGUUAUUCCAUCAGCUGCUGCUCUUAUUCUUAAAGCACUUAAAGAACCACCAAAGGAUAGAAAGAAGAACAAGGGAAUUCCAACCGUUCACUCUGGAUCUAUUUCAAUGGAUGAUGUUUAUGAAAUUGCUAGAACAAUGAGACCAAGAUCACUUGCUAAGACAUUUGCAGGAACAGUUAAAGAAAUUCUUGGAACCUGCAAUUCAUGUGGAUGCCAAGUUGAUAAGAAAUCACCAAAACAAGUAAUUGCAGAAAUUAACAAUGGAGAAAUUGAAGUUCCAGAGAAUUAAUUUAAGUGAUUUUUAUUACAAUUUACUUAAAUAAAAGUGAGUUUAAAUAGUGAAUUAAUUUUUUUUUAAAUAAAUAACAACACAAGACAUUACCAAAAUGACAAUGACACAAAUUACCCAACAAAUUAAACCAACGUAUAAUGCUAUUGUAACUAUAAAAUUGAUAAUAAUAUCAAUGAACGAAUUUCCUGACACUUCAGGAAAUUGUUCAUAAAUAUCAUACUUAUCAGUUCCAUUGUAUAAUUUAGGUUGAACCUCUUGUUU